UAUCAUAUUAAAAAAGAAUCGAGUUUUCUAUCAUGUUCAAAGGUCAUCCGAUGCAAACUGAUAAAAAAAUUAUAUUCCAACGAUUAUUUUAAGAAAAUUCUCUAUUCAACGUACUUAUAUAUUCCGGCCAUUGAAUAAAAUAUGCAAAUCAACUCUGCCAAUUAUUCUGAUGCGAGCAGUGACGAUGGCACGAUUGAACCUGGAAAUUUCUUGGACAUCAAAACGCCCACGAGAGUCUGGCUAGCUCUCUUAUAAAUCCUCUCUAUCUUCCAAGUUUACGGAACUGAAGCCAUCGUCUCUGAUAAUAAUCAAACUCGAUCCUUAGAGCUCUGUAAACAAACAACAAUGGCGGAUGAGGUGGUGGUGUUGGAUUUCUGGGGGAGCCCUUUCGUAAUGAGAGUGAGAAUCGCACUGGCCGAAAAGGGGAUCGAGUACGAGAGCAAGGAAGAGGAUCUGAGCAACAAGAAGAGCCCUCUGCUUCUGAAGAUGAACCCGGUUCACAAGACUGUCCCGGUUCUGAUCCACAAUGGGAACCCGGUCUGCGAAUCCGCCAUCAUAGUUCGGUACAUCGAGGAGGUUUGGAAGGACAAAUACCCUCUGCUCCCUUCCGAUCCAUACCAGCGCUCCCAAGCAAUCUUCUGGGCUGACUUCGUAGACAAAAAGAUAUUUGGGACGGGGCGGCGGAUGUGGCUGGCGACGGGGGAGGAAGAGAGGGAAGCGGCGGCGGCGGAGCUGAUAGAGUGGUUCAAGCAGCUGGAAGGGGAGCUUGGGGAGAAGGCUCACUUCGGGGGAGAAGUGUUUGGGUAUGUGGAUGUGACCCUCAUCCCGUUCUACAGCUGGUUCUACACCUACGAGACCUUUGGGAAGUUCGCCAUGUCAGAGCAGUGCCCCAAGCUGGUGGCCUGGGCAGAGAGGUGUUUGCAGAGAGAGAGCGUGUCCAGGUCGCUGCCCGACGGCCACAGGGUUUAUGACUUCGUCUUGCAACUUAGAAAGAAAUUUGGGGUUGCUUGAUCCAAAAUACGAUUCAUGUGUAAUAAUACAAUUCAUGAAUUGCAGGUUCAUUGAAUUGAGGUUUUGAUGUUGCGUUGGUUUAAUUUGGGUUGGUAACAAUACUGCUUAUAAGAUAUAUGAUCAUGUCCACUUCCUUUUAA